UAGUCAAGCCAUAUACUGUGAUGUGCCACCAAGCGUGAGUUGUCUCUCUCCCUCAUAAAUAUCACCCACCACUGCCUCGACUCCGCACGAGAUGUCCGCUUCCUACGUCCACAUACUUCCCGCUAUUCCGUGCACAACACAAGAAGUAACUCUGAUUGCCAUUCUCGUCAAUCGUCCGUCGUCGGAUCCAAACGCGAAGCUACUUAUCCAUCGAUCAGCUCGAGCAUCGGCCGUAGAUUACCAACGCCCCACGCACAGAAACAAGGCUUAUUCGCUACCGGACACACUUGACACGCAGGAUUAGAUGGUCAACGGCGGCCAAUCCGUCCUUCUCUCCUAGCCACUCAUCCAUCUACUAGUACGAUCAGCUACUGCCGAGCCUUGAUCAUCCUACGAGAGGCACCUGACAUCUCGACACCAAGCCUUGCUUGUUUUUGCCAUCAACUCCCCGAAGGAACGAUCCUCGAGUUACAAACUACAAGAAAAGGAAGGGGAAAAAAGGAACUGCUCGGCCUUCAUCAUUGAUCGGCCUUUCCCUCUUCACUCAAUUCGUCAACAGCUCGACGACUACCGGCUCUAUUCGGCACCUGACCGCAACUUGCUUAUUUGCUUGCUUGCUCGGCUUGUGGCUUGCUUUUGUUUUCUCCUCCCGUCCUACUACGACUUGGACAACGAAACCCGUGGACAAGAAACCAAACCAAACCCAACGCAACCCCGCCCUCCUCAUCCCCCUUCUCGUCCUUCAGCUUUCCCCAACGGCACGCGACCUCGAAUCAAACAUUCUUCUUCCAGACCACCCGUGAUAGAGUGUAUAACAGACCGUGGUAACGCAUACUCUCUCGGACUUCGAACAAAGACAUCUUUUCUCUGCAAAUUCUUCCUUGCCACUCUACAACUUAGUCUCGUUGACUACUUACACGAAGCGCCCAUCCUUCACUCGGCAGCCUCACCAUACCUACCUUACCACACACCGAGUCGAGCACUCCCGUUUCAUUCAACGACAACCAACAUGAGUUCUGGUUCCUUCAAGCAGGCAGCCGAGGCCGCACGAACUCGUACCUCCGAAGUCAUGAAAGGAGACUCAGUUGCCGUCGCUAAUGACUUCCUCCACACCCCGUUCAUGAGGGCGGCUCUGCCUUUCAUCAACGGCGGUCUCAGUGGCAUGGUCGCCACCUCGGUCAUCCAGCCCGUCGACAUGGUCAAGGUCCGCAUCCAGCUUGCCGGCGAAGGUGUUGCUGGAGGACCCAAGCCCACGCCCUUGUCCGUCACGAGGGAGAUCAUCGCCAGCGGAAAGGCCCUUGACCUCUAUACCGGACUGUCCGCCGGCCUCCUGCGUCAAGCCGUCUACACGACGGCCCGCCUGGGUUUCUUCGACACCUUCAUGGGCAAGCUCGGCCAACGCGCCAAGGACCAGGGCAAGACUAUUGGCUUCAAGGAACGCGCGACCGCCGGCCUCGCUGCCGGAGGUCUGGCUGCUAUGAUCGGCAACCCUGCCGACCUGGCGCUCAUCCGCAUGCAGAGUGAUGGCCUGAAGCCCCUGGCCGAACGCAAGAACUACAAGAGCGUCAUCGACGCCCUCUCGGGCAUCGCAAAGUCGGAAGGCGUUGGUGCCCUCUGGGCCGGUGCCGCUCCUACGGUCGUCCGUGCCAUGGCCCUCAAUUUUGGUCAGCUUGCCUUCUUCAGCGAGGCCAAGUCGCAGCUCAAGCAGAACACACAAUGGUCCUCUCAGGCCCAGACCCUUACCGCCAGCGCCAUUGCCGGGUUCUUCGCCAGCUUCUUCUCCCUGCCCUUCGACUUCGUCAAGACUCGCUUGCAGAAGCAGUCCAAGGGCCCCGAUGGGAAGCUGCCCUACAAGUCCAUGGUCGACUGCUUCGCAAAGGUAGCCAAGCAGGAGGGCGUGAUGCGCUUCUACCGCGGUUUCGGCACAUACUACGUCCGCAUUGCCCCCCAUGCAAUGGUAACGCUCAUUGUAGCCGACUACCUUGGCUUCCUUACCAAAUAGAAGCAAAACGAUUGAUAUGCAACCACAUUCGUUCACUCUGACGGCCGAUCCCCCGAUGGCCCCAGAGGUUUCGAUCACCCUUGGUUUCUUCUUUGGAUUGGAGUGCAACUCAGGCUUGCCUCACAAUUUCCAGUUGGAUUUCGGGUGCCGCAGUCUUUUUUGAAGUCGCCUUCCCUAACAUCUCUGGCGCUCUAGGUGUAAUUACAGGUUGUUUUUUAUUAUUAUUUUGGUACUGCGGGGUAUUCGCUUGGGUAUUAUACCAAAGUCCUGGACAGAAUAGGACAGAAGAGAGAGCGAGAGAGAAAGCCAGAGAAAGAGAGACAGAGAGAUGUACAGGUACAUAGCUCCGCCACAAGAUGCAUGGGGGAUGUGUGCGCGUGUGUGCUGAAAUCCCCCCACGCUUUUGUUUUAUUUUUGGGAAUUGAACAAAUUUAAAAUAAAAAAACAGCUCAUCUAGGCCGAGCAGUAUUGGAGAAUUUCUGUGAUCUUGUUUUGGCGUGAGUUGUGCUUGCGCGUAGCAUCUGCUUGGCGGUCUUGUCUUCUCAACAGUGUCUGUGUGAGAAGUUGGUGGCUGGCAUACGUUUUU